AUGCUGAAAAUCAAAAAGUGUGAAUUCAACACAAUCACUGUUAAAUAUUUAGGAAUGAUUUACUCAACAGAAGGACUACAAAUUCCAUCAGAAAAAGUUAACGCAAUUAUUAACUGGUCUAUGCCAAUUAAUAUCACUGGAAUCCAAGGAUUCCUGGGACCUAUAAUAAAAAUACUGAAAAAAGAAUAA